UGAGCGGCCACCGUCCUCAGUGUCGAAAGCAGUUGGUUUAAGUGUCGCUUUCAAACGUCUCCAGCUUGACCCAAAAUAUGGCGACUCCAAAGCCUGCAGACCAGGGCACUGGCGUCGAAACUUCUCAUAUUUUGAAUAUCGUCACUAUCAACUUAAAUAAGAUGGGUGCAAUCAAGAAGAAAGAUGACCGGCAGAAAUCUUGUGGCUACCUAGAAGAGUACCUCAGAAAACAACGUGUCGAUAUUGCUCUGCUCCAGGAAGUGUCUGAGGCCUGGCGUCGAUAUGAUUUCAGAGAGUACAAUAAGGCAACAAAAUCAUCAAUGCGAGAAAAUUACCUCAUGACUCUAACUCGAAGAGGUAUACUGAAUGUAUCCAAGCCACGAGUGCUGAUUGAUAUUUCGCAAUGCUACGCUCGAGUUCUAGCAACGACUGUUACAUUCAAUGACGAACUCUUUACCGUGUACAACGUGCAUGUUAUGAAGGCGGACGUUGGGGCACAAAAACUGUUUGAUGCGCUGUCCCAGAAGACGAAAGCUGGGGAUAAAGUAAUCGUCGGAGGAGAUUUCAAUUCAGUCGAUCGAGAAGAGGACAGAUUCUGGCCCAUGGGCACAACUCCUAAAGUUACAAAGGGCAGUGAUCUCCUUCACGACAUUUACCCGCGAGGUUCCCAAUCCAUGUUUACGUUUCAGAAUGCCAGACUAGACAGACUGUACGUGAGCUCCUGUCUUGUGGGAAGACUGGCUAGUCCCCAGACAUUAACAGAUUACACGACUACUCACAAGGGUGUCAUGUUCACUAUUGCACAGAAUCCUUUACCUUGCGGUUCGUGUGAUGCUGUGAUUAAUAGUGGGGAGUCUGUCAAACGAUGCAUAAAGUGCUUUAAAAAUUGUCAUGUGACUUGCGGCAAAUUGUCGGAGAUAGGAAUUGGUCGCUGCAAAAUAGUCGUGUAUAGAUGUGCAGUGUGUGAAGAGCCAAACAAAAUUAAGGAACAUGACACCCAAACCAGAGAAGCUUUGAAGAAAGCAUUACAAACCACGUGCCCCGUCUGUGGCAAUCAAGUUAAGGAGAACUCCGCUGGCCAAGUGAAAUGCUCUGAUAGCUGCAAGCGUUCCUUUCAUAGGAUCUGUGUUAAAGAGAACGAAGCAACUGAUAAUCAGCGAUCUACAUGGUGGUGCCGGCGUAAUGAUUGCGUGACGAUUCUGAAUAUUGUCGAACUAAUUGAUGAACAACAAGCAGAACCACACAAACUAUCUGAGGGACAGGCCUCACACCAGAAGACUAGACAGGUGCAAAAUAUUUUCGAAGAGAACGAUACACCUCCAGUAGGUGAUCGCUCGAAAACCCCUGUUGAAGCGACCGAAUUGCCCAUUGAAAGAAAAUUCGAUUCAGUGGCAGACACAAUUUCAAGGAAGGAUAGUACAACCACGCCUACCUCUUCCAUUGAUACUUCUUACGACUCCGAAGUUGCCUUUGCUUCUAGCGCUCAACACGCUGGAAAGAAACUGCUAAAUAUGCAGGACUCGCCAAGUAGUUACUGGGAAACGGACGUCCCAUACGCCUCGGCCAAACUUCCGCCAUGGUCGGGCGGCCAGUGCAAUUGCGUGAAGACGUCUUGUUCGACGAUGCUCUGCGGAUGCCGAAAAUCUGGCAUUGGCUGCUCGCCCUUGUGUCACUGCCGUGGAGUAACGUGCUUCAACCCGGAUUCAAAGCCAACCACUGAGGCCUUGCGUCUCUUCGGAUCCCUGCCUAAAAUUGAACCGCUGCCGUCGCUUGGACAAUGCAGAUGUGUCGCCACGUCGUGCUCAACUAUGCAGUGCGGAUGCCGCAAAUCCGGAAGAAGUUGCUCAGGGUCGUGCCACUGCCGCGGCGUGGCUUGCUACAAUCCAGCCACGGCGGAAACGUUCGAAGAAACCACUUCUUUAGAAGCCUCCCGCGAUCGCUACACUCCGUUUACCACUGACAUUGACCAUGGAGCUAAGAAAAAGUUGUCAGACGCGUCGGAUUUCUAUGACAGUGACGAGGAAACGGACACACCGUACGCGUCGGCUAAACUUCCGCCUCCGCCAUGGUCGGGGGGCCAGUGCAAUUGCGUGAAGACGUCGUGUUCGACGAUGCACUGCGGAUGCCGAAAAUCUGGCAUUGGCUGCUCGCCCUUGUGUCACUGCCGUGGAGUAACCUGUCGUAACCCGGAUACUAAGCCAACCCCCGAGGCCUUGCGUCUCUUCGGAUCCCUGCCUAAAAUUGAACCGCUGCCGUCGCUUGGACAAUGCAGAUGUGUCGCCACGUCGUGCUCAACUAUGCAGUGCGGAUGCCGCAAAUCCGGCAGAAGUUGCUCAGGGUCGUGCCACUGCCGCGGCGUGGCUUGCUACAAUCCAGCCACGGCGGGAAGCAGGGGAUAACUCAGUUUUCAUCAUUUUUCAGGAGACACAAAAUACUGUUUCGAGGGUGAACUUAUCAGAUGAAUGAUGCAAUUGCAUUUUUUUUUUUCAAGAAAGCC